GUUUCUGGUCAGCUGAUGAAGGCAGGAGCUGGAGAACCCAGAGGCCGGGCGGCGGGGAGGCUCUAGACUUGAGCUGUCGCCUGCCUCAGCACACCGGCUCCCUCCCUCCCUCCCUCCCUCCGAAGCCAUGGUCUGGAGGAAGCUGGGCUCCAGCAACUUCUCCAGCUGCCCCAAUGGCUCCAGCCAGUGGAUAUGGGACGUGUUUGGCGAGUGUGCCUGGGAUGUCUGGGACAAGGCCAGCGUGGGCCUGGGCUUGAUCUCCAUUCUCUGCUUUGCUGCGUCCACCCUCCCCCAGUACAUCAAGGCCUGCAAGAUGGGCAACAUGGACCAGGCCCUGUCCCUGUGGUUCCUCCUGGGCUGGAUCGGCGGAGACUCCUGCAAUCUCAUUGGCUCCUUCCUUGCUGACCAGCUGCCCCUGCAGACCUACACAGCCGUGUAUUACGUCUUAGCCGAUGUGCUGAUGCUGUCGCUGUACUUUCAUUACAAGUUUAAGAAACGCCCCUCUCUGUGGUCUUCCCCCAUCAAUUCUGUGCUGUUGUUCAUCUUGGGGGUGGCGUGUACCGCCCCACUGCUGAGCAGCGCUGGCUUGGUGGCUGCCCCCAGGGAGGUCUUCCGGGGGCGGAUGCUCUUGUCUGUGGAGCCGGGCAAUAAGCCCUUCACGCAGCAGGAAAUCAUUGGCUUCGUAAUCGGCUCCGUGUCCAGCAUGCUGUACCUGCUCUCCCGGCUGCCUCAGAUCCGCACCAAUUUCCUGCGGAAGUCGACACAGGGGAUCUCCUACUCGCUGUUCGCCUUGGUGAUGCUGGGGAACACGCUGUACGGGCUAAGUGUGCUGCUCAAAAACCCCGAAGUGGGCCAGAGCGAGGGCAGCUAUGUGCUGCACCACCUGCCCUGGCUCGUGGGCAGCCUGGGCGUCCUGCUGCUCGACACCAUCAUCUCCAUACAGUUCCUGAUAUACAGGGAUGCCGCCACCUCAUCAGAGCGCCAGCCACUCCUCCCCAGCUGAGCAGGACCCAGACGCAGGCCAAGCCCAGGGUGACAGGGACCUGCAGAUGCCACACUCAGGAAGGGAGAAGUACGGGCAGUGACGGUGCUGCUGACCCUGGGCUGGGCCGUGGAGGAAGCUGGGGGUGCCUAGAACUCCCGGCCUGA